GGGCUGCUGCUGCCGCGGGGCCGGCCGCGGCGGCCGGAGGCGGUGCGGCUCCGCAAGCGGCGGUCGGUGCUGUACGGGGCCGCCCGCGGAGCCGCCGCGCAGCCCGGCGCCGGCGCUGCCGGCGGGACCGCGGCCCUGACGGCGCUGGCGGUGGCCGUGCGGGUGCUGAACUGCGCCCUGGUGCGGACCAGCUUCGUGCCGGACGAGUACUGGCAGUCGCUGGAGGUGGCUCACCGCAUGGCGUUCAGCUAUGGGCACCUCACCUGGGAGUGGGCGCAGCGCCUGCGGGGCUAUUCCUACCCGCUGCUCUUCGCGAGCAUCUACAAAGCUUUGCAGCUCCUGGGGAAGGACGACGUUCAGCUGCUGAUAUGGGUUCCUAGACUGGUACAAGCAGUUUUGGCAGCUUUUGCUGAUGUGAAGCUUUAUUUAUUAGUGAGACACCUUGAAAAUGCAGAAACAGCGAAGUAUGUGUACUUCUGCCAGCUGUGCUCCUGGUUUACAUGGUAUUCCUGUACCAGAACUCUUACAAACACCAUGGAAACUCUUCUUACCAUUUUUGCCCUUUACUACUAUCCAGUAAAAGGUUCCAAGAUGGGGAGCAGUUGCAAGUAUUUAACACUGGUAGCACUUGCAAUUGUUAUCCGUCCCACCGCUGCUAUCCCAUGGAUACCUUUGUUCUUCAGUCAUUUUUUGCGAGAACAGAGGAAAGCAGACCUUAUCCUGCACAACUGCAUUCCAGUUGGAUUGGUCACAUUGGGAAUCUCUUUAAUAAUAGACCGUGUGUUUUUUGGUGAGUGGGUACUGGUUCAGUUGAACUUCUUGAAAUUCAACGUGCUGCAGAAUUUGGGAACAUUUUAUGGUUCUCAUCCUUGGCACUGGUACUUGACCCAGGGACUACCAAUUGUCCUGGGUACCCACCUCCCUUUCUUUAUUCAUGGCUGUGUGCUGGCGCCAAAAAGGUAUCGCAUCUUCCUAAUGGCAGUGACCUGGACAGUGUUAGUAUACAGCACGUUGAGCCAUAAAGAAUUCCGGUUCAUCUAUCCAGUACUGCCAUUCUGCAUGGUUUUUUGCGGAUAUUCUUUAAAAAACCUAAAAGCGUGGAAGAAGUCUGCAGCAAGCUUCCUGCUUGUAUCAAACUUACUCCCAGCCCUGUAUACAGGCUUGAUUCACCAGAGGGGCGCUCUUGAUGUUAUGAGUCACGUGCAGGAACUUUGUAAGGACUCUACCCAGUCACAAGCGUUUGUCUUCAUCAUGAUGCCAUGCCACUCCACUCCAUUUUACAGCCAUGUUCACUGUCCUCUAAAAAUGAGAUUCCUUCAGUGUCCCCCAGACCUAACUGGAAAUGAAAGCUAUAUCGAUGAAGCAGACGUGUUUUACUCUAAUCCACUUGGCUGGCUUAAUAAGGAGUUUUCCAAUGACACAUUAUUACCUAGUCACUUGAUUUUCUUCAGUGUGCUAGAACAGGAAAUAUCAUCAUUUCUAGCCUUAAAGGGCUAUGAGAAAACAGCCACCAUCUUUCACACUCACGUACCUCAAGGACGAGUUGGAAGCCAUAUCUACAUCUACAGAAAAGGACUGAAAUGAGUCAUACCUGAAGACAAGUUUCUAGACCUAGUGAGCUCAGUUUUCCAUAGCAAUAAUAUGCUUAGAAGAUCUUUCACUGCAGAAAGGAGAGAGUAGUGAGUCUGAAACUGAGUAAGUCAAAACGGAAGGUUUGAUUAGGCAACUAUUGACUGUUUUAAAACACAAAAACCUCUUGCUGAAGGCAACUUCAGUGGCACUAUGUCAGGGUGGGGAUGUUGAUCUCUUACAAAACUAGAGAACAUCAGGAAGACCAAAGCUACCAUAGGACUACUUUAGACAAGAAAUCAGACAAGACUGGACCAAUUUAUAGAGCUGUACAGCUAUGCUAUUUUUUUAUAAAUAAACUCUUUUACCCA